AUGCGUUGUUCCCGGCAAGGCGGUCGGGAGCCUUUUAUGACCUCAUCCGCCCUCAUUAUGGGAGAAGCAUUUAAAGUCAUAAUAUCGACCAUCAUGUUAAUUUAUGAAAAGAAUCUAGAACGAGCGAUUUAUUCCCCCAUCCGCGACCCCAUCGAUUUCAUCCGGACAGCUGUUCCAGCGAUUGUCUACGUCUUUCAAAAUAACCUCUUGUUUUUCGCUCUGAGUUGUCUUGAUGCCACUGUCUUUCAGGUACCCUGGUGCUUUUUGUUCAAUAACUUAAGUUCUUUGUAGAUAACUUACCAAAUCAAAUUGCUCACUACUGCUCUCUUCUCCGUCUUUUUCUUGGGCAAGUCAGUUAGUCGCCCACAGUGGGCGUCUUUAGUCCUUCUUUUUGCUGGCGUUGCCAUUGUUCAGGCCACUGAACACUCCUCCAAUCGCCCUCAGUCCUCGUCAUCAUCAACUGCACUUGUACCUGGCCUCCUUGCUGUGCUAGCGGCAUCAUUUCUGUCUGGCUUUGCUGCCGUCUACUUCGAAAAGGUAUAUCGAACAUCUUCAACAUUCUCUUAUAUGCGCUUACCAUCCAGCGUAGUUAGUACAUAACUACUUAUGACAUGUUUCUCAACAAAAGAAUGAAAAUUGGGGUUAAUAAGCACAUAACUUUUCAAAAUAUUCAUAGUAAUCAUAUUUGUUAGCCCCCCCCCAGCUGCAGGGCGGGCUGUACGCAUUCAACUUUCGCCCUGGAACCCUGCUGUACGACCUUCAUCGACUGAGUAAUCCGCCAUACAGUGUUGGCGAACUCAGUGCUUAAAUUAUUUGAACUCUAUUAGUGACUAGGUGCAGCUCCGGAUGACAUCCAGACUUUCGCUCUUGUCUCAUGGUACUAGACUUGAAUCUUGACAUUAUAUCAAACAAAGGCAAUCAUUGAAACAAACUAAAGCUGGCUGAUCACUUCGGUUAUGAAAUUUAUGCGUUUGAUAACAGGAGAAGUGCUGAUCGACCCGUUAGCGUCCCCAUCGAGGACCGAAUUUGUGCGUUAUUCCCUGGACUUCGCAGAGAAGGCGAAAUGUAUGGAAGGGCCUAUGAGGAUUUUAGCAACAAUAUCAAAGGCCGCAUGCCAAAACAGUUUUACACGAUCUGCCUUUUUCCUUUAAAGAUACAACGUUAACUGGAAGUCGACAUAACAAGGGCACACCCUAGACGGUGCGUGAGGUCCCUGUCUCCCGAAUGCAGACCAGAAGGUCGCGUAGCGGAUUGGUCAUUGCUGUCAAACAGUUCUCGUACACUUCUAUGGGAGAACAGCUCACAGCAGGUUUUUUGUUGCUUUGCAGUUUCGCUAUGAUGUUCGAGGUCUUCGUUGAGGGUGAAUCAAAUUCACAGUUAUGCGUGGCUGUUUGUCCAUCUUAGACCUUGAGGCUAAGUCUGCUAGAUCCGGAGACUAGACAAAGUACUCUUUUUACCAGGAUAUAUUAUAUGCUUGUGAGGAUUGUCACGACCAUAUCUAUUUAAAUCAACAUAUCUAAUUUCUUUGACAAGGCACCGCUUUUCUACAAACUGUUACUCGUUGGCUUCAACAUCGCACAUUUCUGCAUUCAAACGAGUUCUCCCUUUUCCGAAACUGUUUAUGGUUUUGACUUCAGAGAAAUUGAGUGCGAUUUGGAAACGCCUAUCAAAUAUUAACAACGGGCUUUAUAUCUUUGAUUUGCACUUUAUGCGGCUGCGAUCAUACCUGACCUAGUCGGCCUCGAUAUCAUGGAUAGAUCUUUUCCACACCCGGAGCUUGAUAGCAGCUGACCCGGUUGGUUCGACCCCAUUUUACCUCAGUCGACUACAACCGAAUACCGAAUGUCCAAGAAACUCCUCCAUUUCUUGACGGACCGUAUCAUGCCCACCCGUGGACUGUCCUUGUAUUCGCACCCUUAAGUUAGGCGACGGGCGACAACGAACGUAUUCUAACAAGUUUGUCCAUCUUUCUUGGACGAAUUAGGACACCUUUGCGUUGAGCAAUAACUAUCUCAUGCGAAGCGGGGUUAGUGUAAUUUGCCCGAAUGAUCAACGCCAGGCAACGGCUGUCAAACACACUCCCAGUUUUAGCCUGUCGUUUGGACGCGCAGCCCAGCUUUCACAACUGUGCAGGAGGACUGUGCGGACGAACACUCGGUACAUACGGGUUUCGUGGCGCUUGAAUUAUCACGACGCGUACAUUGACACAUUUGUAGAAUCGUAAAAACUCUACUGACAACAUGAUCCCGACACUGGUGCCGGCCAUAAUCCGUCCGAUUGGCGGAUACUUAAUCCCAAAAUGUUUGAAAUUGUCCGUGUUUCGGCUGACGGCGAUUACUCAUGAGGCUGCAUUCUGACCAGAGAUGCAGGUCGAUGAUACUUGGGUCUUGACAGCACUGAUAGAUUAACCGACUGGGCUAAUGCCCAUGUUUGCCCGUGGUAUUCUGCGUCGCAGGCCACAAUAGACCAGACUGUGGCCGUACAAUAUCGUUAGCGUAGGUGUAGCCAGUCUGUCGAUGUCCGGAUUACAAAUUUGGCAUCACCGACUCCGCGUUUGCCCCCUCCAUCAAUCCAGUCAAUAUCGUAGUUCAGUAGGGUUAGCGGCAGUAUGCGAACUUGUUAGCCAAAUUAGUGUUAUUUUCUAGUUGAAAGCCCAUUUAAAAUUUUCGGUCCGUAUUUCGUGAGUUUUGGUGUAUUCUGUACGUGGCCGCCAAUCAUGUUAAAAUAUGCCUUUGGUAUUUACGAUUAAGUCGUCAGCUAUUGCCUGUGCUCGCAUUUGCUUCUGUUGUUUCAGCACUUCUUUCUCCUGCUUGUCUGUCGUCUUGAGCAGUCUUCUUUUGUAUCCACACAGAUUCUGAAGCAAUCGACGAAAUCCCUCUGGGAGCGAAAUUUCGAACUGGCUUUUAUAUCUGUAGUGUUUGCCAGCUCAGGACAACUAAUAACUGAGGGAGAUGUUCUCCGAAGCAAAGGGUUCUUCUACGGAUUUGAUUGGCUAGUAUGGAUCGUUAUUUUGUUGCAGUCUGGUGGUGGAAUAGUUGUCGCCUUGGUCGUGAAGUACGCGGACAACAUUCUUAAGGCAAGUCUCUUAUCAAUUUCAGGUUUUAAUCCUUAUUUAUCUGGUGUAAAAGCAACAGAAGUUGUUCCGAAGAUUCACCAAAAUGCACGCCAGACUUGUCAUAUUAAUCUCUGAGAUUUCUAUGCAACUUAAAGUGUGCUUGUCCGUUCUUGUUACUUGCACUUGCUUUGUACUGCCACGACCAGACCUGGUUCAGCCAGUCUUGGCGGUGUCAUAUAGGUCCCGUCUUCGUGCAUAGUAACUAUUUACGGCGGAUCUGCGCAACCUGAGCUGUCCCGUCGCAUCUGCGGACACUGAAUAUCGAGGGUCUGAGAGUUAGUUCGGUCUCCUGUCAGACUGUGUCAAACUAGGUUUUGUACUGGCCGCCCCAUUUCUCAUGCGGUGCGAUUGCGUCGAAUUUAGGACAUUAGCACUAAACUCAAGGGCUGGACGACGGAGACUAUGUCAGGCUUCGUUAUUCUGAUGGUCACGAAUGCGAAAAGUCAGUACGGCACUUGUUGCCCAAACAACCAGAGUUAUGGGCAGGACGCAGACCCGACAAACAGCGGAAUUCACGCUUUCGCCUUCAUCGCACAGUGAAAGCAUGCUUGCACUAAUUUUGAUUUUUCAGUUGUCAAAAUGGUGUCUGCGUUGUUGGAGUUGGACUCUUCAGCAGGACCAGACACGUUGAGAGCUGUUUUCAGUCGUCGGGACCCUGUCGUUGGUGAUGGAACUUAUCCUGUAUCAAAUUUUCUCAUUUAAAAGGUCAAGUCGGCAAAUGCAUGCUUUUGAUAACUCAUCAUCGGGCCAAUACAGUUACAUUGAAAUUGAAAUAUGACACGCUCGCAGGGUUUACAAACGUCUCAGGGGUUAUUAACACUCACCGUUCUCACGCCAUUCGCCUAACGAGGUCGGCUUGCUAUGACCAUCAGAGAAAGGAGGGUGACAGUCUGUGUGUGAUGUUUGCAAGUCGCGUACGUGGAGUACACAGCACUGUCAUCAGGGGAUUGAGGUUGCGUGCAAUAACCAUCUGGGGUCGGCGUUGUCCAUGAAGGACAGAAUGCCUGUGUCAACGUCUUCUGCCUUGUCUGUAGCUAGCACCCGUUGGCAUAGGCCUCUGGAGAAGUUUGCUGAUUUCUUGUAGACAACCUGGCCCCUUUGAAAUCGACUCGGGGAUUCACAUCGACAAGAUGUGCGUGAAUAGAACUCGAAAUUGACCUGUUUUACCUGUGCCUAGUCAGGCCAGUAUGGGUUCACGUAAUCUCUUCCAGGCAUCUCGUUGCAAGGCUAAUGUAUCGCGGUCCACGGAAGCAAGGGAAUGACCAAAUACACAUCAAUGUGGCCUGCAAUGGUAGUCCGUCUUUACUCCCCCCCCCCCUCCCAAGCGUAGGAGGGGAGAGUUUAUGGAACGUUAAUGAUCGCUGUCUUUAGACGUCUUAUUAGUUCUCUUGCUGCGACCUCUGAACAGACAGUCUUAUAAACAAGCCUUCCACUUCUGUAGUUGCUGUAGUAGGCUUUACAGCGCGCUCCCUAAUAUUCCGGAGGAUAAACCCCUUUCGCAAAGCACCAAAAUGACGUCUUGAAGAAAGUCCGACCGGGAAAAUCCGUUACGACGCCUAUACUGAGUUCCGUCUGUGGCAGCACCUUCGUAGAGUAGAAUUUAAGGAUGCAGAGUUAAACUGACUGUUAUUUUCGGGAGAGAACGUAAAAGUGGUUGGCAACAAGUACAAGCAGGAGUAAGGGCACUGGGUGACUACUGUCUGAAGGCUCCGUUAAGUGCGAUCGGUCCGUUUGUGUUCGGAUGUUCGCCACGGUCACGCUGGUCUUUCAGCCUGCGUGCUCAUACACGUAGUAAAGUGUGUGCACAGCCAGGACCCUCUUAUGCCACCCGCUACUGACGAUGCUCUUGAUAACCGCAUAGUUCCAGCGAUUAAGCUACCAAGUUAGCAUCGAUUGUGUAGUCUCUCUCGGGACAACGUUGCCUUCUUUGCUUCACACAUUACGCGUGUUUGCGGAGUUGAUACUUGGCCUACUCUGAGGCCAAUGAUUCUUCUAAAAGGACGGCUACCCUUUUUCCGCUAUCUUCAUUGGUAAUCUGCGACUAGUCAUUCCCCAUACCUGAGUCGUUUUAUAAAUGCUGUGCAAAGUCCCACUUGGCAAGAAGAAGGGAUAAUUUAAGCCCCUGAUGUCUUGAAAGUUGGCUCCCAACUUUGACUUCCGCGAGUACCUGUGCUACUGACAUCUGAAAGUGUGAUCGAGGACAUCCCUCUGGAUGCAAUUUAGUAUCCUUUAGGGUAACUCUCCGUGCUUUCGUUUGAAGUAUUUCUGCCCAACGGAUCAUCCCGAUAUCGAAUAAAUGAUUUAAUUACUUGCACAUUCGUAAAAGCAUCCGUCCCCUCGUCUUCCAACGUCUGACUAUACUCCCUGUUUCUCCUUUGUAGGGCUUUGCUUGCUCCGCGUCAAUUAUCAUCUCCUGCUUCAUUUCUGUUUUCUUCAUGGGAAUGCAGCUGUCGAUCGCAUUUGUCUUGGGUGCUGUCUGCGUUGUCGUCUCAGUUCUGGUCUAUUCUUCCUUUCCCCCUCGCCCCUAA